AUGUUCGACCCUGCUACUUCCAGUGCCGACGAGAUCUCUGACUUUGUGCUUGUUAAUGCCGACCGUGCUCCCAUCAUCACCACUGUUGGUGCUGACCAUGCCUCCGUCCUCCCCGCUGUUGGUGCUGACCGUGCCCCCGUCUCCGUCGAGGUGGAGCAGCCUUUUUCCUUUACGACCGUUGAGGUCGACCAGGCGUCCAUUGUGAUGACAGUCUGUGCAGAUGGGCUUCCUGGUCCUGCCACCAGCUUUGGAGAGGAGGUUGACGAAGAGUAUGAGCGAUCUAUUGUCAAUGCCAGCCCUGAUGAAUGGGAUCUCCUCGCCACCUUCCUGAAUUCGAUGGGAGCACGGAGGGAGUCACCAUCGCGGAGGGCCCUUGCUCACGUCUGGAAGAAUGGCCGGGCGCCGAGGGAUCAAAAUGGACACCGACUCCCCCCCUGGGGGCCUUAUCUGCUCAUCAUCAACCCCACUCGCGAGCUUCAUUCGAGCACGGGGAAGUUUGAUCCUGACGCCCUUGAUGAUGCCAAUUACUGGGUCGUCAACAACCCCGAGUGGGAAGCCAAACCUGAAGCUGCAAGUGGGGUGAAGAGGAAGGCAUCGAGUGAGAAGGGUGAGG